GCCACGAUUCUCUCUCAACAAUUCUAAAUUCUUCUCUAUCACCCAUUAUUCAAUCUUUCCCAAAUUAUUUAAUAUCUCUACAAUACUAACCCUUCACUAAACGACAUCCACUUUGCCAUUAAACGACAGUAUCCUCUACCAAAUUCCUCCGAAAUCCUACUUUCUUAAUCAAUCAUCUUCUACAAUCUAGAAGAACGAACCCAUAAAGCUAAGGAAGAGUUUGUGCUUUUUCAAUAGUGUGUUGGUUUAAAGAAAUUGAGAUUGAGUAAAUGGAGCAAUCUGUUUUAGAUGAUAUAAUUCGUCGACUAUUAGAAGUUAAAGGUCGUCCUGGGAAACAAGUUCAGCUUUCUGAGUCUGAGAUCCGUCAACUUUGUUUAGCUUCUAAAGAUAUCUUCUUAAACCAGCCGAAUCUUCUUCAAAUUGAAGCACCCAUCAAAAUUUGUGGUGAUAUACAUGGUCAAUAUUCUGAUCUUUUGAGACUUUUUGAGUAUGGUGGGUUCCCUCCUCAAUCAAAUUACUUAUUUUUGGGCGAUUAUGUUGAUAGAGGAAAACAAAGCCUGGAGACGAUUUGUCUUCUUCUUGCAUAUAAAAUAAAGUAUUCUGAGAAUUUCUUUCUAUUGAGGGGAAACCAUGAGUGUGCUUCCAUAAAUCGCAUCUAUGGAUUCUAUGAUGAAUGCAAGAGGAGAUUUAAUGUUAGAUUAUGGAAAGUCUUCACCGAUUGUUUUAAUUGCCUACCGGUUGCAGCCCUUAUUGAUGACAAAAUUUUGUGUAUGCAUGGAGGUCUUUCACCUGAUCUCCACAAUUUGGACCAGAUUCGUAAUAUGCAGCGGCCUGCUGAUGUGCCUGAUACAGGCUUGCUUUGUGAUCUUCUAUGGUCAGAUCCUAGCAAAGAUGUAAAAGGCUGGGGUGUGAAUGAUAGGGGAGUUUCAUUUACUUUUGGUGCUGAUAAGGUGACGGAGUUUCUCGAAAAGCAUGAUUUGGACCUCAUCUGUCGUGCACAUCAGGUUGUGGAGGACGGAUAUGAAUUUUUUGCAAGUAGGCAGCUUGUAACAAUAUUUUCUGCUCCUAAUUAUUGUGGCGAGUUUGAUAAUGCCGGUGCUAUGAUGAGUGUGGAUGACACUCUGAUGUGCUCUUUCCAGAUAUUAAAGCCUGCUGAAAAGAAGCCCAAGCUUAACUUCGGAAGCAGUACUACAACUGCUAAGUCUGGUAAUGGUGUCAACUUUUUUGGAAGCUCUACAACUAUGAAAUCUGGAACUUCUGUCCCAGGGGUCAAGGCUUUCAGCUGUUAACUCUCCGUGUCACUCCUAUGCAGUCAUUCCUUGACGCUUAAGUACGAGAAACAGUGGAUUUUGUUGAACUGAUAGUUCACAGUACACAACUUUCCUGAUGCUUUAAGUUACAAUGAACGUGAUCCCGACUCAAAUUGUGAAGAGUACAGAUUUGGUUCACUUCAGUAUAGAGUAUUUUGUUUAAAAAGGUAACGAGAAUCUUAAUGUGAAGGGACAGACUAUCCCGGUUGGUAAAAUGUAAAGCUGGGGUUUUCCAGGAAGAAGACUUCUUCGCUGCGCCCGUUGCUGUCACAACUUGUAUGUACACUUAAAUUUGUGUCUAACAAUUCUCUUCUCAGACUGAAUUAUGUCUUAACUCA